AUUUAAUUUCAAUAACUAAAUUACUGAACACUAGUAUAACACGUAAAAAUAUAUCUUUAUAUAUAUACCUAUAUAUUAUAAUUAUAUUUUCAUUUUGUAACUGUAAUCUCGGUAUACGGUCACUAAGUCAUGGCGGAACAACCAACUUUAGUUUUACGUAAAAAGAAGAAGACACAUACCUACUUGAAAGUGUCGAAGGAUGAAGUUGAAACCGAACAACCCAAAGACGUUGACAGCCUUUUACGCGCACAAAAAAGUGACGUCUCYUUGCCAGAAAGUAUUGCAUCAAAAGCCGCGCGAUCAUUUACCGCAGAAGAAAGCCGUCAGUCGGACAUUAUGUCGCGAAUAUUUGAUGACUCAUCAUUGUAUGAGAGCGAUUAUUCAACUACCGAGACGGACGAGAGUGCAUCGCAUCACGGGCUUCCAGUAAUGGAGAGCAUGUAUGUUGACUUACUACAAGUUUAUGGAGGUAUACCAGAUCUCGACGAAGUCUCCGAAGAUAUAGACUCUCGAAAAAGUGUUCGAACUACGGUCGAAAUCGAACCGGAGCCUAUGGACGAAGGAAUAUUUGUGGAUCCACUAACUGGUGAGACUUUAAUUGAGCGAAAAAAGCCGCCCACUCCAACUGUCGAUAGCGAAGUUGGCGAAAUGGGAGAUGAAGAAGAAGAAGAGGAAACUGAGACGGUGGAAUUGCAAGCGGACAUAUCGAUGUCUGAAGAUAGUGAGAUACUACAAUUAUUGGAACUCGAAAAAAUGGAAACGGAAGUAGUAGCCAAAGAUGAGCUUAAAGCUGAUUCUUUAGAAGAUUUUUUAACGAGACUAAAGGUGACUAUAGUGGAGAAACCAAAUUUUAUGCAGCUUAAAGCAGAAAAGCUCGAACGUGAGAGAAUAUUGAAAAUAAUGAUGGCGGAAGCUGAAAAAUUCCUAAAUACCUUAAUCGGAGAGGUUGUAGAUGUCGUCGAAUAUAAACAACCUAUGGAAAUAUUACGUAAUAAUUUAGAUAAACAUGCUGUAAUGGAUGAAAUCUUAGAGAAGGUGAACGAAUUGGAAGUAGAACGUACCAUACGAGCCGUCCUCAAUCGCAGAGCUAUCGAAUUCUACAAACGUAAAAGAUUAUAUCACGCCAUUACAGACGAUUUACCCGAUCAGGUUAUGGAGUAUAGAGAAAAGCUCAAUUAUGCUACGAAGCAGUUGGAUCGGGCACUCGGAAUGGAAUAYGCGAUGAAAAUGAAAUGGGAACACGAACAAAGCCAAUUAAAUGCAAAGCUCACGCAGAUGCAGGAAAGUGCACAAGAGAAAGAGGACGAGUUUAAAGCAUUGGUACUCCAGUCGCUUGUAAAAGACAAACGAAAUUCCGAACCAAUUAUUACAAAUAUUUUGAACGAAAUGUUUACAACAUAUAAUGAAGUGUGCAAAACGUAUCUCGAUCUCAUUCAAAUACAACACACGAAAGCAGAACUUCAGAAGAAAGACGACUAUAUAGAAUACGGCAAGGGAUUGAAACAAUAUGUGAUCUUACAAACGGAAACAAAAGACUUGCACAAAAAAGUUGAAGAUCGCAGCGUGGAAUUGGGCUAUGUUCGUGCGCGUUGCAAUCGYGAUAUUCAUGCGCUCUCGAAUAUAAAAGUUAAAAGCGAUAUUGCGCGCAUUAUAAACGGCAUGAAAAAGAAGACGCUAGCCUGCUUGCUGGAGGAUAAGAAAGAAUCUCGCGAGAGAUUAGUGCAUUUGAAGGAAGAACGCUUAGGUUUACAGCGACAAAUACGGGAAUUGACAUUUCAAACUGGUUUGUCCAGUAAACCGGUGCUGUUAAAAGAUUACGAUUCYACCGUUGAACAAACUGAGGUGUUGGCUAAAAAUAUUGCAGCGUUACGUAAGCAGAAAAAAGAUCUAUUGGAUAAAAUAGCUAAAAUUGAAACAAAAUGUAAAGCAAGGGAAGCACACGAGUAA